CUUCGGGACAUCUAUGCCCCGGGGCAGCGGGGCAUUUGGAGCUCGGCCAGUAUCGGAGGGAUACACGGCCUUAGUUGGAGAGGGGGAAUCCGGACCCCCUGAAUCUCCGCUUGAGUUUUUGCUUUCAGUUUGGCGCCAAAAUCGCGCAGCGCGUUUGUUUGUUCUGUGUCUGAGUCUAGUCUUUGUCUCUGUGAUAAUAACUCUUUUUGUUCUUGAAAUUAUGGGACAGACAGUGACUACUCCUUUAAGUCUGACCCUAAGCCACUGGAGCGACGUCCGAGACCGGGCAAACAACCAAUCGGUGGAAAUACGGAAAAAGAAAUGGGUCACCCUUUGUUCCUCCGAGUGGCCCACUUUCAAUGUGGGAUGGCCACGCGAUGGCACUUUUAACCUUGAUAUUAUUUCUCAGGUGGAAGCCAAAGUUUUCAGCCCUGGACCCCAUGGGCAUCCCGAUCAGGUGCCCUACAUCGUCACCUGGAGGGCUCUGGUUUCAGACCCCCCACUCUGGGUCCAGCCCUUUGUUCUCCUUCCCAAACCCUGCUCCUCCCCUAUCACCCCCACUGCGCCGCCUCCCCUAAAAGAGCAACUGUCCCACCCCCAAACCACGCCCUCCAGGGAGACUGCGCAACCCACCCCUCCUCCACCUACUCCCACUUCCUCUUCUCUUUACCCUGCCCUUACCCCACUCCAGGAUAAAUCCCCAAAACUUCCCAAGCCUGUUCAGCCUGCUCCCAAGCCUGUUCAGCCUGCUCCCAAGACUGUUCAGUCUGCUCCCGUUUUGCCUCCAGACACUGAGUCCCCUCUUAUCGACCUGUUAACAGAAGAACCCCCUCCCUACCCGGAGGCCACAACAGAAGAGCGAAAGCCUAGUUCCCUGGCGUCACCCAUUGCGGGGCGACUCAGGGACCGACGUGCACAGCCACCAAGUCAAGUCUCCCAAGCUUUCCCCUUGAGGGAAGGUCCUAACGGUCGGCCACAGUACUGGCCCUUUACUGCUUCUGAUCUCUAUAACUGGAAGCAACAUAACCCUCCCUUCUCUAAGGACCCCGCCACCCUGACUAACUUGAUUGAAUCUAUUCUAGUUACCCAUCAACCCACUUGGGAUGAUUGUCAACAGCUGUUGCAGACUCUGCUGACCUCGGAGGAAAAGCAGAGAGUUCUUCUGGAAGCCCGAAAGAACGUACCGGGCGAUGACGGGCGACCAACCCAGUUGCCUAAUGAGAUCGACAUAGCUUUUCCCUUAACCCGCCCUAACUGGGACUUCGCCACUUCUGCAGGUAGGGAGCACCUUCAUCUCUAUCGCCAGUUGCUCAUAGCGGGUCUCCGAGCAGCCGCAAGGCGGCCCACUAAUUUGGCUCAGGUUAAGCAAGUAAUACAGGGAAAGGAAGAGACACCUUCUGCCUUUCUAGAGAGACUUAAGGAGGCUUAUAGGAUGUACACCCCGUAUGACCCUGAUGAUGAAGGGCAAGCAACUAGUGUAUCAAUGUCCUUUAUCUGGCAGUCAAGCCCUGAUAUUAGGGGCAAAUUACAGAGAUUAGAAGGGCUACAAGGGUAUACACUUUCUGACUUAUUAAAAGAGGCAGAAAAGGUGUUCAAUAAAAGAGAAACUCCGGAAGAGAAAGAGGAGAGAAUAUGGUUAAGAAUGAAAGAGGCACAGGAUGAGAGAGAUAAAAAGCGGAGCAAGGAAUUGACUAAGGUAUUGGCCACCGUAGUUACUCAGGGACAGAACAGAGAGGGAGUCAGGAUGGGAGAGCGAGAACGAAGAAGGACCAAAUUAGACAGAGACCAAUGUGCCUAUUGCAAGGAAAGAGGACACUGGGCCCGAGAGUGUCCCAGGAACCCCAAGAAUCUCAGAGGACCCUUGACGCCCAAACCAUUGACUUCCCUACUGACGUUGGAAGACUAGGGA